UGGCAACAGUGUUCCUCGAUCACGGGGGGUCAACUAUUCCUCUCCUACCCCCCAAAGUGCCAACGACACUGGCAUUUAUAAAGAAAAGUAGAAGUGCUGCACCUUUGCGCAGCGGCCGCCUUUAGCUGAAAGGUCCCCUCUGAGUGCACAAAGGCAGCUGCUGUAGGAACAGUUCAGUGCGAGAGACGAGCGCUGAGAGGCGUAAUAAACAAUCUCCGGCUAGCUACAGACAGGGACGCGGACUCGAAGUAGCUCCCCGGCCCAAGCCCGUAGUUUUACUCCGCGAAACCGGAUUCCAUCGUCAGGUUAAGACUUAUACAGAGUUCCAGCAGGAUGGAGGUUGAGAUGGAGGAGAUCCCCCAGGACGAGCCCCAACCUGAGCCUGAGAGCCAUGUUACCAGAGACCAGUGCUGCCAGACAGACGAGCCACAGCCCAGCAGCCCUAACCCAAUGACUGACCUUAACCCUGGCCCCGACGCAGCCCCCAGGACACCAGGGUACUGCGUGGAGCCAGGUGACCCUCCUCUGUUGCAGCUGCAGCUCCAGACCUCCAAGUCUGGCAUCCAGCAGAUCAUAGAGGUCUUCCGUUCAGGUACUGCCCAGCUGAAGCACAUGCUGCUGAAUGAGGUGGACACCAUCUUUGAGUGUAAGACAUGUCGCAGCUUGUUCCGGGGCCUGCCCAACCUCAUCACCCACAAAGAGUACUACUGCCUCAUCAGACUGCCCAAGCCCGACGAUCCAGCGGGCGAUGGUGACAAGCAGAGCGGGGCCAUGAAGGACCUCCUGGAGGCCAUCUACCCCAGGAAGGACCGGCCGGACUACGUGAUGCGCCUGGAGCCAAUCCAGACCUCCAAUAACGCUGUGUUCCAGUUCCUGUCCUCAGAGGAGGAGCUGGCCCACUUCCCCCGGGCUCCACACACCCCUGGAGGGACCCACACACACAGCCCUGAGCCCUGGGGGGAGCAGGGAGGGACGCCGGAGAAUGGACAGACAGGAGAGGGGGAGGAGAGGAGGAGGAGUGACCAGGAGGAGGAGGAGGGAGGAGAGGAGGUGGCGCAGCCCGAGGAGGAGGGGUCUACGAGCGGGGUGGAGGACGUUACCAUCUCGUGCUGCCUGUGUGGUAAGGACUUCAACUCUCGCCGCAGCAUCCGCCGCCACUGUCGCAAGAUGCACCAGACCAAGCUGGAGGAGCUCCGGAAGUUCACCGAGACGCGCACCGUUCCCAUCAGCCUCCUCUCCAUGGUCAAAGGUCGGUCUCGCCCCUUGCACACGCCCAGCGGCAAGUCCUGCCCCGUCUGCUUCAAGUCCUUCGCCACCAAGGCUAACGUGCGGCGCCAUUUUGACGAGGUGCACCGCGGCCUGCGUCGGGACACCAUCACGCCGGACAUAGCCACGCGCCCCGGCCAGCCGCUGUCUCUGGAGGCCACGCCGCCCCGCAAGAGCGCCAGCUCCUCCCCCGCGAGAGGUCACACCCCGAAGAGCGGAGGAGCCUCGGGGGCUACCACCCCUCAGCUUCCCAAAGCCUCCACCGCGGUGCCCCCUGCCCCUUCUCUCCUGGCAUCGGCCCUGUACAACCUGGCCUCCUGCCGCUGUCUGCUCUGCAAGAGGAAGUACAGCUCCCAGGUCAUGUUAAAGAGACACAUGCGCAUUGUCCACAAGAUCUACAAUCUCAAGAACGUUAGCUCCGUCUCCACGACCGCAACCACAUCCACGGUGACCAACAACAGCAAAACAGUCACCAACACUGACAGCACCCCUAGCAACAGCACCCCUAGCAACAGCUUGAGCAUGAAGGAGGAGGCGGUUGAAUCCUGGGACGACCCUGACUCCAGCCCCGCCUCGUCGCCUGGCGACACGGACCGGAAGGACACGGACAGGAAGGGCGUCACCGUGGCAACCAAGUCAGGUCAAAAGAUCAAAGAGGAAGAGGGUGAGAGCAGCCCCAAGACAUCAACUCGUUCUACUUCCAUCAACAGCACCGGUGGUACUAGUAGUGGCAGUGGGACUCUUGGGAGACCCCCUCAGAAGCUCUCGGUGGGGUUCGACUUCAAGCAGCUGUUCUGCAAGCUGUGCAAACGUCAGUUCAGCUCGCGCCAGAACCUCACCAAGCACAUCGAGCUGCACACGGACGGCACGGACAUCUUCAUCAAGUUCUACCGCUGCCCGCUCUGCCGCUACGAGUCCCGCCGCAAGCGCGACGUCCUGCGCCACGUGACGGUGGUGCACAAGAAGUCGACGGGCUACCUGGCCAAGAUCGUGCCCAAGCUGGAGUCGCGUGCGGUCAAGCGGCCGGCUGAGGUGGUCCUCAACUCUGCCCCCAAUGCCAACAACAACAAGAGAGGAGGACCAACAGUCAAGGAGGAGGUGAACGGGUGCCACUCGGCCCCCUCUCCCCCUACGCCCCCAGUCACACGCAAACAGGAGCUCCUCAACUCCUCCUCCUACCCAGUCACACGCAAACAGGACCUCCUCUCCUCCUCCACUCCGGUCACUCGCAACCAGGAGAGACAGGAGAGGCAGCAGGAGGCCCAAACCGGGUCACCUGUCUCCCGUAAGAAUGACAAACAACACCCUGACACCUCUGCCCCGACGCCGCCCCACACACGUCGCCAUGACGCCCACCAGGAGAGCAGCAGCAGUAGCACAGAGGUGCGUGUCACCAAGAACUUCUCGCUCCACUCGUGUGACGUGUGCGGCCGGGCCUUUGCCAAGAAACUCUACCUGGAGUCCCAUAAGAGGAGCCACCGGAACGCCACGCCACCGGUCAGCACGCCGCCCAGCGGCGCCAGGGCUAAGGGGGUCAGCACUCGGUCCAAGGCAAUGCUCUGAUCCCCAGUCUCGUCCCACUCCCGGUUCUUGGGAGCCUCCAUCCCGAGAGGAGAGACUUAACGGAUGAAGGAGCGCCGCUAACGAUGAUGAAGAAAGGAACUGGACUGGAAAACUGAAAAAGAGAGAGAGAGAGGAAGGGGUGAAAGAAGGGGAGACUUCACAUCUACGGGACCAAAAGUAUUGUUGGAAUUCGACACUAGAAGGAGGGAUGGGAGCCAACGUGAUGCCAGAGGUGUGGAGCCAGUGGUCACUAAAUCUUUGGAGGCACUGAUGCUAUCACACUGCUGUGUGUAGGUUACAAUCACUGUAUGUACAUGUGUGUGUAUAUAUAUAUACAUAUAUAUAUAUAUAUACAUACACACACACACACACAGACACACACCUGGACCUGGUCUUGACCUGAGCCUGUAUAAACCUUAGGGGUCGGGAGAGAAGAGGGCAGGGUUGGGAGCGCUCUUAGCACACCAUAGAUAUCCCAUAUCUGACCGGUAGAGGGUGCUCCAGUUCUGCUUUAUAGGAUCAGACUUUAAGGUAGGGCUCUCCAACCCUGUUCCUGGAGAGCUACCCUCCUGUCGGUUUUCACUCCAACCCCAGUGGUCUCUUACCUGAUUCAUCUUAUCAACUAGGUAAUUAUUAGAAUCAGGUGUGCUAGAUUAGGGUUGGAGGGAACCUACAGGACGGUAGCUCUCCAGGAACAGGGUUGGAGAGACCUCCCCUGUGUAGGUUGUGAAGUUGACCCAGACAGAGCCAGCGGUUAGUGGUUUAUUUCCUCAGAUCAUAGUAGGCUCAUAGUAAGCCAUCCAUCCACUGGGAAGGACUCCAUAUUAACUCAGUUUAUCCAGAUAGGCUUGAGUUUUUCUGGCAUUGCAAGAGAUAUGGUUUGUGUGAUUAACUGACAGAGAAAGACAUGUAGGUAGCUGACCAGCGAUACCCUGGCACAUUGAAUAGAUGGUGACCCAUUGAUUGGUGAAACGGUUUUCUUGUGUUGAAGGAGAGGAGGACCAAAAUGCAGCGUGGCUAUUUAGAUUCAUGUUUAAUGAAUAAGAACACGAACAGUACAAAAACAAUAAACAUAACGAGAAAACCUAAACAGCCU